GUUUCUCCCCCGGCACAAACAAACUGCAUCUCAUCAAGGCUGACUCUCUCCUCACAAGAUUUUGCUCAGCCCAAGCUAUAUCAGAAGACAUUUGUCCAAGGUGCCAUGCAGUGGGACUGAAACCAAGACCACAGAGUUGCAAAGCUAGAUUCUUAACCACGUUGCUAUGACUACCAUUGCUGAAAAUGAAUUUCAGAGACAAAUUUAUAGAACGAUUUUAUAAAAUUCUUCCCUUUACAGGUUAAAGGGUUUUAUUCUUACCAUAUUCAUAACGAGAGAUAGACGAAAGGAAUUUUUCAUGGGGACUUUAUCAUUAAAUUCUAAAACUGGAGAAAUAAGCUGAACGGGAUUCCAAGAUAUUCAUCAUUACACCAUGAAAUGUGGAUCAUAAAAAUAACAAAGACAUUAUGAAAAUGAUAUUGAAGCAGAGAGAAAUUCCAAAAGUAUAAUGAGUUGCAGAAAGGAUGGUUUUCACAGCGAAAUUUUGUCUUCUAAAAAACGAAAGUUAUAAGACAUUAAAUUUUGCAGAAGAAUUUAAAGAAGAAACAUUUUGUUUAAAAAAAAAAUUAAAAUCUCAAUAAAGGGAGAGAACUGAAAAACUCGUAAUGAUAAUACGUAUAAAGGGAAACAACUGCGAAAAGAAAAUGUGGAAAAAGUCGAGGCCUUUUGACUCCUUUCACCCGCAAAAGGCAACAGUUGACUCUUCUCAGUUGAGGGGAUUUGUGUGUGUGUGUGUAAGUGUAUGGGUGUGUUUGUAUGUAUAUACAUAUAAAUACAUUUUCCUGCAUUUAAAUAUAUCUUCCCAUGAUGAAAGCUGCAAUGUCUAAAAUAUGUAUAGGAAUAAUCCUUCAUUUCUAAGGAUUUCUGUACCCUUGAAACGGCCGUUGAAGUAUCACCACCUAAGUAUUUAAACUGGAGUACCUCCAUCGAAUUAUUGCAAACUCCAACCUCCAUGCUUAAAACAUCCAUUUAUUCACUUUCUCGCAAGUGCUUCACGUGAUGACAAAGAUGAUCCAGAAUGCCGACGAAGUGAUGACGCCUGACACCAAGCAACCAGUACCCGCCGAGGCGGGGACGGUGGAAGCCACGGCCGCUGGGACAGAAUUGGACACGAAUCAACACACUGGCUACGACGAUGAUGGUGAUGAUUAUUUUGAUAUUGAUGAUGAUGAUGGCGACGAUACACGUAACCAUGGAAGCGAUUCUGAAAUCGAUAUUCUGUACAGUCGACUCUCCACUUAUGAAGCCAAUGUGGACAAGGAACGAUUCCUGGAGUUUGAAGAAAUCCUGGCAGAUUGUGAUGAGGUUCUUAAAGAAUCGGACAAAUGCCUCACUUCUUUGGAUUCUAUCAGGAAUAUCAUCUCUUUGGAACAGCAAGAAUCGGAUAAUGAGGAUGGUGACAACGAUGAAGAUGACAAUGAGAAUGAUGACGAUAAUGAAGAUAAUGAUGUGAUGAAGAUGAUAAUGGUGAUGAAGCCAUCCCCCGCAAUCCAAACGAUGACAAUCACCACGGAAACGACGCUAAUAAUGAUAACAAUGACAACGAAGACGAUGAUGAUAAUGAUGGUGAUGACAAAAAGGAUGUCUAUGCGGAUGUUUCAAAUGAUGGAGAAACUGUGAUGAACCUGAGUGAUGACACCGAGGACGCAAUGACAGAAAGUACUACAGUUGAAGAUCUUGCUCAAGACCCCAGUGCCACCACAGUACAGACGGAUAUGGAUGACCAACUCCAAAAUAUUGAUGAAGAAAUGACGACAUCGUUGAAGAAGAAGGAGAAGAACAACAAGAAGAAGAAGAGACUGAAACUGGGUGCCAUCCUUAAACAACAGAUGCUGGAGACAAGCGGUUACUAUGACGACCUGAUCAGCCGACAGACGAAAGCGACGGAGGAGUCAAAGAAGAUCCUGGGAGAAGGCGUCAGUGGGAGCGUUUAUGAUGUGGAGGAGAAGGCUUGGGCUGAGAAAGUUGCGGCGUUUCAACGAGAAAAAGGCAUUUGUGAACAGGAG